GUGGUACCGAACAAUCUGACCGCUCAGGUCUAAAAGCUUGAGUAACGCAGGCUCCUGCUCGAUGGGUCCGCCAAGAUGCUUCGCAUGGCGGUGCAGCCUGCAAUUCAUCCCUCGCUUGCCCUGACUCUCCUAGUCCUAAACGACUUCUCUCUCAUUUUUGUCGCGUCUCCCACCUCACCCACAGGCUAUCAUCCUGGGACCUGGUACUUCUUCGAACAAUUGGAAACCUAUUGCCUUGUAGCCUGGUGUGUUCGUCAUCACCUAGCCACACGGUUGCUGACCAGCCGAACGCAGCGUAAAAUACAGCGGAUAUUAAACACCCGUUCGUCGCCUUGGAGGCCCUGUCUUACCGAAGUUCGAUCGGGCAUUGAACACAAACAACAUAAGCCAAGGCAGCGGCCCGUGUCGCAUCAAGAAGAAAUGUCAUCAUUCCUAGUACCGACUCUUGUCAUACUGUGGCUCAGGGCCGUGUAUCGAGAUCGUUCAUCCUUGGAACUCGUCUCGGAUUAUUGCAACCAGACCAACACCUGAAUAAUCCAACACAGAUAUGUGAAAUUUUCCUAUAUUACCAGCCACCGACCCCCCAUCAGCUGCACACGAACUGAAAUGAGCUUCAAGUGCUCAACCGUCCAACCAGACUUGAACUGUGCCAUGUCACAAUAUUCAUGGCCUAGGGGUCAACGGAGACACGUCCUGAGGGGCAAUACAACUCUACAUUUGAUAUGUAGCAUUCUAGAUUCACAGCAUGGAUUGUAUCGACAUCAUGCGACCGAAGGGGGAUACUAGCACUCCUAGGAACCUAGCAUCAUUUGACGUCGGUCUUUUUGCGAGCCCAGCCAUCCCUGAUUGAACCGCAAAGUGUUCGAAAGCAUUGAUUCGUUGGUCUCUUAAGGAUCC